UUAACCAUUUCAAUUUUAAAAUGGUUUGUACUUUUUGAGUAUAUCACAAAGAAACAAUAGAAAAAUUCCAUGGCUGUUAUGCAUAUAUUCCCAGGGGUGCUAUGUAUAUUAAUGGUCAUCUGGGUCCUUCUUUAUAGGAAGGAAACAGUACUCUAGUGCUCAAAAUUUGCGCUUUUGUAGUACUUCAGGUUGAUAAGUAACUUUUUUUCAUUGCUUGAGUUUUGUUGGGCGUAUUACUGAUUUUGGGUUCCUACAGUCUCUAAUUGCUGUCUAUUUUCUCUCUCUGAUUCUGACUCUUCCUUAUUUGUAAAUGAACUCUCAGAAGAUAGAAUGCCCUGAAGAGAAUUUCCCAGCAUCGAAUAAUUACAGCUUUUUUUCUCCUCAAAUCAAUAUUAAACAGGGGAAUUCUCAAUCCCCUGAUGCUUUUUCCUUCUCUAAUGGAUCCUUGGCACCUCCACCUGUAACUCACCAGCUACCAUGUUCUUUCUCUUCCUCUAAUUACUUUGGAUUACUUCCAUUCUCCCGCUACACUAACGAUCGCUUGAUGGGCUUCUCUCAUUAUGAUUCUCUAUCCCCAACUCCGACAAAGAAUUCUUUGGGGGGUUCUCUUCCUCAAUUUUCCGUGGAUUCAAGGAAAGAGACCAAUAACAAUAUUGGGUCAUUUGAUAAUUCACAGUAUGUUAUGGGCUUCCCUUUAUUGGGAGAACAUUGUGUUAAAACUACUUCAUAUUGUAAUUUGAACCAGCAGAAAGAUUCAAAACGCAGUGAGUUUUAUCCAUCUCUUCCAAUUGAUGGGUCCGAUGUUGAUGUUUCGCUUCCAAGGAGGCACCUUCUUGCUAUUGAGGGGAUUCAGAAUUGUUUGGGUAAUCUUCAAAGUUCCAACUGCUCAACCACUGAACUGGCCUUUCAAAAUCAACAAGAGAGGUGCUUCUCAAGCUGUCAUGUAGGGACUUCUGUUGCUUCCACUCAUGUUACAUGUGGAGUUGGUGCCUCGAAUAAAACAAGGAUGAGAUGGACUCAAGAGCUUCAUGAAAAAUUUGUUGAGUCAGUAAAUCGACUUGGUGGUGCAGGCAAGGCAACCCCAAAAGCUAUCUUGCAACAGAUGGGUUCAGAAGGCUUGACAAUCUAUCAUGUUAAAAGCCAUUUGCAGAAGUAUCGCAGUGCCAAGUACCUUCCAGAUGCUGCAGAAGGGAAGCUUGAAAGGAAAACCACCAAUGACAUUCGACAUGACCUUAAAACCAGGGGCAUUCAAAUUACAGAGGCACUACGCAUGCAAAUGGAUGUGCAGAGGCGCCUGCACGAGCAAUUGGAGAUACAAAGGAAACUGCAGUUACAAAUUGAGGAGCACGGAAAGUACCUCCAAAAGAUGGUCGAUCAGCAACAGAAACGCAGCGAGAACCUGUUUGGAAGCCACAAUAUCAACGUUCUUUAUUCAGAAAAACAACCCAUUAAUCUUGCAGGUGUCAUUGAGUCAAGUUUUGAUGAUGAACUUUUGGACAAGACUCCCUCAAGAUUCAGUUUAGGAGAUGGCCAAAGUCAUGAAUAAGCUGGUGGCCAGGUCAUAGACUACAUCCCAAUUAUGGGUUAACUCUCUUAGCGUAGUUUAAGAUGAGAUGACGCCUCUCCACUGUGUCUGUACAAAUUAUUUAAGAAGUCUUAUUGUAAAUUUUAAGAAAAGGAUGAAAAGGUUAACCAAAUAGCCUCCUCUUUCUUUGGA